GCAGGCGCAGAGGACGCGUGUCGCGGGGCUGGUGGGAGGCACGCUGUUCGCGGAUCUCCGUGCGGGUCUGGGGCGCAGAGCCGAGUCGCGGCUGCGUCGGCGUCAUGUCAGACAAUGAGGACAAUUUUGACGGCGAUGACUUUGAUGACGUGGAAGAGGAUGAAGGGCUAGAUGACUUGGAGAACGCCGAGGAGGAGGGCCAGGAGAAUGUGGAGAUCCUCCCCUCUGGAGAGCGACCGCAGGCCAACCAGAAACGAAUCACUACACCGUACAUGACCAAGUACGAGCGAGCGCGCGUGCUGGGCACGCGAGCCCUCCAGAUCGCGAUGUGCGCACCUGUGAUGGUCGAGCUGGAGGGGGAGACAGAUCCCUUGCUCAUCGCCAUGAAAGAGCUCAAGGCCCGAAAGAUCCCCAUCAUCAUUCGGCGCUACCUGCCAGACGGGAGCUAUGAAGACUGGGGGGUAGACGAGCUCAUCAUCACCGACUGAGCUGCAAUCACUUCCCGCCGGUGCCUCAUCCCCACUUCUAGUCUCACGUUCUUUAUACCUGUAAAUAAUAAACUGUUCAGCCUUUCCA